AUGCCUGGACCUUUAUUCCUUAAAGAAGACAAGAAGAGCUGGGUUCUAAUUUUUACUUGUGCAGUGUACACAGCAGUUCAUUUCGAGAUUGUUACUGCUGCAUCGACUGAUGUUUUUUUAAUGGCCUUUAGGAGAUUUGUUUCUCGCAGAGGAAGAUGCACAACAAUAUACUGCGAUAAUGGCUCCAAUUUUGUUGGAGCAGCCAACUAUUUAAAACAGCUGGAUUGGAAUCGUAUCCAAAAAUAUGGAACAAUAAACUCUAUUGACUGGAAGUUUAAUCCUCCAACUGCUGCCUGCGACAGUAUGAGUGUAUUGCAGCAGUUGGGAAAUACUGAAAAUGCCAUGAACCCUAUUUUAUUCAAUAUCAUCGAUACAAUUUCUUCAUUGAAAGCCAGAGGCUUUAAUAUUCUCUUCUGUUGGAUUCAUAACCAUGUCAGUAUUCUAGGCAAUGAGAAGGCACAUACUGCGGCCCGAACAGCCUCUGUUGCUUUGGACCAUUUAGUCCCUCAAGCACAUAUACUUAAUUUUGUGAAGAAAUAUAUCAUUGCAAAAUGA